UCGGAUUUGGGUUCCCGCCUACCGCGUAAUUAUUACUCGCCCGACCUACCGACAGACGUAAAGCAGUACGUCACCUCCAGUGCCACGUGUCAACGCAUGAAGUCUUCCCCAAUUCGGCCGGCUGGAUUGCUACAGCCGCUCGAGCCACUCAGCCGGCCCUGGCAACAAGUGACGAUGGACUUUGUCACAGGCCUGCCAGCUAGUUCAAGCGGUAACGACACGAUCCUCGUCGUCGUUGACCGGUUGACCAAAAUGGCCCAUUUCGUGCCUGCAAAACGACAAUGAUUGCCGAGCAGACAGCGUAACUGUUC